AUGAAAAUUUGUGCCGCUGUCCGUGCUGGCGGUACGCGGACCCUGGGACAAGGCGUUUCUCUUCGGUACCCCCGUUCGAGGGCAGGAAGGUACCGGGCUCUUGCCGCCCCACCGGCGCGGCGCUGGCUGAGCGGAGCGGCGGCGCCCAACGCAGCGGCCCGGAGCGGCUCUUUGCUGCGGGGGCGGCGGCUCCCGCUCGCGGCACCUCAGCCCGCGGGGCGGGACGGCGGCGCGGGCGCGGUCGGGAUUGGCUGGCGCCACCCGGAGUGGCGGCGGAGCGGGCCAGCCGGGGCGGGGGCGGGCGGGCGGUACCCCCCGCGGCGGGAGCGGCCCGCGGCGGCGGCGGGCCGGCCGGCAGGGGCGGGCGCGGGGCUGCUGGCGCCGCGCACUGCCUUUUGGGGUGAUAUCGCUUUAGAUGAAGAUGAUUUGAAGCUGUUUCAAAUAGACAGAACUGUUGACUUAACAAAGCACUCAGCUGGCAACGCAAGACACACUUCAGGAGGCCUGGGAGAACAGUCUUUUGAGCCAAGAGAGAACACCACCUCAACCGAUAGUAAAAAAGCAGUUAAAACGGACGGCAAGCAGAACACAACACUUGUGAGAAGCCUGAAGAAGAAGGAAUAUAAAGAUGAGUCUGGGAUGGAUGCACGCUCCUCUCCCAGAGUGCGCAGAGCAACCACAUCCAGGGCUGAGAGGAUCUGGCCAGGGGGAGUCAUCCCCUAUGUGAUCGGAGGAAAUUUUACUGGAACCCAAAGAGCUAUAUUUAAGCAAGCUAUGAGACACUGGGAGAAGCACACUUGUGUAACGUUUGUGGAGAGAACUGAUGAAGAGAGUUUCAUUGUGUUCACCUACAGAACGUGUGGAUGCUGUUCAUAUGUGGGUCGCCGAGGAGGAGGCCCUCAGGCCAUAUCCAUUGGAAAGAACUGUGACAAGUUUGGUAUUGUGGCUCAUGAGCUAGGUCAUGUGGUGGGUUUCUGGCAUGAGCACACACGGCCAGACAGAGACCAGCAUGUCACAAUCAUCAGAGAGAAUAUACAGCAAGGUCAGGAGUACAACUUUUUAAAGAUGGAAGCUGGGGAAGUAAACUCACUUGGAGAGACCUAUGACUUCGACAGCAUCAUGCACUAUGCUAGAAACACGUUCUCCAGAGGGGUUUUUCUCGACACCAUCCUUCCUCGUCGUGAUGACAAUGGAGUCCGGCCAACUAUUGGUCAGCGUGUUCGCCUGAGUCAGGGAGACAUUGCUCAGGCAAGGAAGCUGUACAAGUGCCCAGCUUGUGGAGAAACCCUGCAGGACAGCACAGGAAAUUUCUCAGCCCCUGGCUUUCCAAGUGGCUAUCCCUCAUAUUCCCACUGUGUCUGGAGAAUCUCGGUGACCCCAGGAGAGAAGAUCAUGUUGAAUUUCACAUCAAUGGAUCUAUUUAAAAGCCGCCUUUGUUGGUAUGAUUAUGUGGAGGUGCGUGAUGGCUACUGGAGGAAGGCUCCCUUACUAGGUAGAUUUUGUGGUGACAAGAUUCCUGAACCAGUAAUCUCCACGGACAGCAGGCUGUGGAUCGAGUUCCGGAGCAGCAGUAACAUCCUGGGCAAAGGCUUCUUUGUGGUCUAUGAAGCUAUUUGUGGUGGAGAAAUUCGCAAAGAUGCUGGCCAGAUCCAGUCUCCUAAUUAUCCAGAUGACUACAGACCUUCCAAAGAAUGCAUCUGGAAGAUCACAGUUUCUGAGGGCUAUCACAUAGGAAUCUCAUUCCAAGCAUUUGAGAUUGAGUGGCAUGAUGCAUGUUCUUAUGACUACCUGGAGAUCCGAGAUGGCCUCACUGAAAACAGCCCACUGAUUGGUCAGUUCUGUGGCUACGAGAAGCCAGAAGAUAUUAAAUCCAGUUCAAAUAAAAUAUGGAUGAAGUUUGCAUCUGAUGCAACCAUCAGUAAAGCAGGCUUUGCAGCAAAUUUCUUCAAAGAAAUGGAUGAAUGUUCUCAGCCAGACAAUGGUGGAUGUGAGCAACACUGUGAGAACACACUGGGCAGCUACAAAUGCACCUGUGAGCCUGGCUAUGAGUUGACAGCUGAUAAAAAGAGCUGUGAAGCUGCCUGUGGGGGCUUCAUCACCAAGCUGAAUGGGACCAUUACUAGCCCUGGAUGGCCAAAGGAAUAUCCUACUAACAAAAACUGCGUCUGGCAGGUGGUAGCUCCAGCCCAGUACCGGAUCUCUCUGCAGUUUGAAGUGUUUGAUCUAGAAGGCAAUGAUGUCUGUAAAUAUGACUUUGUUGAGGUUCGUAGUGGGUUGGCUACUGAUUCCAAGCUGCAUGGCAAAUUCUGUGGCUCAGAGAAACCCGAAGUAAUCACAUCAUAUGGCAACAACAUAAGACUGGAGUUCAAAUCAGACAACACAGUAUCUAAGAAAGGAUUCAAAGUCCAUUUCUUCUCUGACAAGGAUGAAUGUUCCAAAGACAAUGGUGGCUGCCAGCAUGAAUGUAUCAACACCUUUGGGAGCUACGUAUGCCAGUGCAGAAAUGGCUUCAAGCUGCAUGAAAAUAACCAUGACUGUAAAGAAGCUGGUUGUGAGCAUAAACUGAGCAGUGCAGAGGGAAUGAUGAGCAGUCCGAACUGGCCUGACAAGUACCCCAGCCGGAAAGAGUGCACCUGGAAUAUCUCUGCAACACCUGGCCACCGAGUGAAAGUAACUUUUAAUGAGUUUGAGAUUGAACAGCACCAAGAAUGUGCCUAUGAUCACUUGGAAAUGUAUGAUGGGCCCAAUAGCAAGUCACCUAUACUUGGCCGCUUCUGUGGCAGCAAGAAACCAGACCCUGUGGUAGCUUCUACCAACAAGAUGUUCCUUAGGUUUUACUCUGAUGCUUCCGUGCAAAGAAAAGGUUUUCAGGCAAAACAUAGCACAGUGUGUGGUGGGCUCUUAAAAGCUGAAGUACAAACUAAGGAGCUGUAUUCCCAUGCUCAGUUUGGGGACAACAACUACCCAGGUCAAGCCAACUGUGACUGGGUGAUUGUAGCAGAAGAUGGUUAUGGGGUGGAGCUGAUAUUCCAGACAUUUGAGAUCGAGGAGGAGGCUGACUGUGGAUAUGACUACAUGGAGAUCUACGACGGUUAUGACAGCACCGCACCCCGCCUCGGACGCUUCUGUGGCUCUGGGCCUCUGGAAGAAAUCUACUCUGCAGGAGAUUCCAUCAUGAUUCGAUUCCACACAGACGACACCAUUAACAAGAAAGGGUUUCACGCCCGAUACAUAAGUACCAAAUUUCAGGAUGCGUUGCAUAUGAGAAAGUAAUCUGACUGCUCCUCACAGACAUUCCUUACCUGAAGAUCAAGAUGUUUAGCUGUGAUUUUUGACUUUUUCAGCCUCUGCAUCUGGCCAAAAGCAGUGUACAGUAUUUUCUGUAACUAAAACUAAAUCCAGUCACAAGGGUUUGCCUCUGAAAUGAUUAGUGUGACUCUCUCUUGUUAACAUACCUAGGACCAAAAAUUGUCUUCUAAUCAUACCUGUCAGGACAUAAUUGUUGUGUUUUGCAUAGCUUCCUGUAGGGCUGAAUGAAGACUGAGCUUAAACUGAGGAAGGUCUUAAUCUGUUGAAUACCCUGUCUCUAGAUUAUGUUUCCUAAGCAUCCUGUACGAGCUGUCUGAAUGCUUUUUCUGAAGCAGAUGAUGUGGGCAGCCACCCAGUAGGGUUUUCUCAGAGGACAUUGUGGACUGUCUACUUUCCUCUGCUAGCCCAAGUUACUCAGUGCAAUAUGAGAACAACUACGCAGCUGGGACUCCAGAUUCCAUGACCCCUUCUGUCCCACCUAUUUAGUGUCCUGUUUUUUGUGAUUUGAGAAGUAGUUGGGGGCAUGGGGAUGAUCUUCUUAGUUAGCUGCUAUCUACUUGGACCACAGUGAACAAGUUAGUGGUCAGUGCCUGAUCUGCAGUAAUUGUCACACUACACAUUGAAUGGAAGUACUUUGAUGCAGUGGUCAAGGGAUGUGUUUUGAUAGGAGGCAGAGCAUGAAUGUGUAAUGGUGGCAGAACUUAGCAGAUGGAACACUUACAGUCUGCUCCAGUUACACUGCCAGGCAAGACAGCUCAGAGGGCUAUAGCAGCAGUCCAGGCUUCAUCUUUAAUAAGAAGUCUCUUCUAACUCUACCCAUGUUUGCUUUCUCAGUCAUUUUAUGCUUCUUCCUUUCCAUGUUUCCAUUGGUCCUCAGUACCACAUCUGUGAGCCUUUCAUUUUCAUAACUCUCUAUGAUGCUCUCCCCAGAACUCCCCACAGCUACCAAGGGGUGCUCUUACAGCAUCAGCAAGCUGGAGCAUCUCACAGAAGGGCGCACUGAGUCAGAGAUGGUCAGGAUACCUUAGCAUAUUGUCGUGGUUGUUCCUGAGACAAAGAGAACAGAAGCUGUGCUACAAGUCAGCUCUGGUGAGCUCUGGGAACCUGUUAAACAGAUGCAUGCCCCAGGCAUAGGACAAGGAAUGGGAGAGUUCUGCUGGUUUGCAGUACUUCAUUCUUUGCCAGCCCAUGAUACAGUCUAUUAGCUUCAUAGCAGUUCUGUAACCCUGCAGUGCAUACGAGAUGAUGACUUAAGCACUUUGAGCUAUAAGGCUGAGACCUGCUCUGCGUUGCAGUUUUUUAUGCACAUGGAAGCUAUUGAACCAUUGCAGAAUUAACAAAUAGCUUGGCACUUAUUUGAGAGAAAGUAGGGAGAACUGCGCCUUGUGGGGAAAGUACUGUAAUUGAGCUACUGAUAAGGGAGGGGAAUACAAGAAAAAAAAUCAUUCAGAACUAGAUCUAUUUCAUUAUGGCACUCAUGGGCAGUAAUGAGCUAAAAGGUGAGAUACGUUAGCUUUAAUAAAGUAUUUAUAAUCCAAGGAUUACUAUGUUUACAUAACAAGUGUACUGUCAGGCUCUGGGGUGACACCUGCUCGUUGAGUGCAUGACUGGAGAAAUGUGGGGUCAGCAACACUGUCAGGCACAAAUGACUUUUCUGGAGAUGAGGACAUUUCCAGAUGGAUAAUAAAUAGACCCAGCCUUCUCCAGGAGUUCUUGAACAGAAUAUGGUCCAAGUAUUGUGAAUACUAGGAGAAGCAAAUGCAUGAAAAUAUUUUCUUGCUUAGAACAAGAAAAAUAAAAUAAUUUAUAAAGACUAUUAUAUGUAUAUAAAAUGUGCAUGUAGAAGACCAGUAGUCAAAGCCUUAAUAAGUGUCAUGUGAACAAUACUGUGCCAUGGACUAUAGCUUUACUGCAGGCUGUAUAAAACCAUGUUAUUUCUGUUUGUUUUUCUAGCUUUGUUUUUUCUUCUCUUUCCAAUUUUCGAGGCCUUUCUACAGGCAAGGCCUUUAAUUUCAAGCUGUUUGGCCAUACAGGUCUGAGGAAGUGAGGUCUGUUAGCUGUGGUCUGCUUUUUUUUCCUUCUCUUCCUUGAUCCCAUUCAAGCAAAAUUGCAGUGGCUCAGGUCUGGAAAUAAGAGCUUGAUGCUGGUCCCUGUGAAGCAGAAGGAAAGUAAUAGGUGGCAAGCAGCAGUUCAGGUUUCCUGGCUCUCUAAUGGGAGAGAAGUUACUAUAGAAGUUUCCUGUGUACUUCAACAUCUGUGCUCUAUGUUCUGAUAAUUUCUUGUGUUCCUCAGACUUUGUAUUUGGUGUUCUGGUUUGUUGCAGAUGCUUGCAAUGUGGUUUGAUGGAUCUACUACAUUUGUUAGCAUUCAAGCAGGUGUCUUUUGUGACAGUGUACUCACAACUGUUGUACUGUACAUUUCAACUGAUGAUCUGUGUAGAAUAUUUCUGCUGUACUGACUGGGUAGUAACAGUCAAUAAUUCUAAAUGUCUAUAAGUUUCUUAAGUGAAAAAGAAAAAAAUGUGAGACCCUCUAAGGUGUGUACAUGUAUUCCAGUCUUUGUGUGGUUUUCCAUUUCACUAACAAAAUUAAUAUUAUAGGUGGGGAGGAGAGGAGGGUGUGGGGGCAAUCAAAAUGUACCUAUGUGCUGAAUGAGUCUCUGCUUUUAUUAAAGACUGGAUUCAGUUGCA